GUGUUGACGGAGAAUAGAUACGUCCACGCGUAAACUCACACCGGCAGACUUGACAUUUCAACUAAAAAGGUUCAAACAGAUUUGUAGUGAAAUAAUUUAUCAGAAAUCAUACAUUAAAGUAUAACAUCCAGAGAAAAUAUUGAAAAUGAAGAAAUUGUUUCUACCAUUGUGUAUAGCAGCACUGUUUAUCAGUGCUGUAGUUUGUGAUAAUGAUGAUGAGGGUGACAAGAAAAAAGAUAAAGAUGCAGUUGGAACUGUUAUUGGUAUUGAUUUAGGAACUACAUAUUCGUGUGUUGGUGUGUUUAAAAAUGGCCGAGUUGAAAUUAUUGCUAAUGAUCAGGGUAACAGAAUUACACCAUCUUAUGUUGCUUUUACUGAAGAAGGUGAAAGAUUGAUUGGUGAUGCUGCUAAAAAUCAACUGACAUCGAAUCCAGAAAAUACCAUCUUUGAUGUUAAACGAUUAAUUGGUAGAAACUGGGAUGAUGCUUCAGUCCAGCAUGAUAUUAAAUACUACCCAUUUAAAGUCAUCCAAAAAAACAGCAAGCCACAUAUCAAGGCUAAUGUCCAAGGAACUGAUACUGUUUUUGCACCUGAAGAAAUUUCUGCUAUGGUACUUGGUAAAAUGAAAGAAAUUGCUGAAGCUUACUUGGGUAAAUCUAUUACUAAUGCAGUUGUUACUGUACCAGCUUAUUUCAAUGAUGCUCAACGUCAAGCUACUAAAGAUGCUGGUAAAAUUGCUGGUCUUAAUGUUAUGAGAAUCAUCAACGAACCUACUGCUGCAGCUAUUGCUUAUGGUUUAGAUAAGAAAGAAGGUGAAAAAAAUAUCUUAGUAUUCGAUUUAGGAGGUGGAACUUUCGAUGUAUCAUUAUUGACUAUUGAUAACGGUGUAUUUGAAGUCGUUGCUACUAAUGGUGAUACUCAUCUUGGUGGAGAAGAUUUUGAUCAGAGAGUUAUGGACCACUUCAUUAAAUUGUACAAGAAAAAGAAGGGUAAAGAUAUUAGAAAGGACAACAGAGCUGUACAGAAAUUACGAAGAGAGGUAGAAAAAGCCAAGAGAACUUUAUCAUCCCAACAUCAAGCUAGAAUUGAAAUUGAAUCUUUAUUUGAAGGAGAAGAAUUCUCAGAAACUUUGACCAGAGCUAAAUUCGAAGAAUUGAACAUGGAUUUAUUCCGAUCAACAAUGAAGCCCGUCCAAAGAGUUAUGGAAGAUUCUGAUCUGAAGAAAGAUGAGAUUGAUGAAAUUGUUCUUGUUGGUGGUUCUACUCGUAUCCCUAAAAUUCAACAGUUGGUCAAAGAAUACUUUGGUGGAAAGGAACCAAAUCGUGGUGUCAAUCCUGACGAGGCUGUAGCUUAUGGUGCUGCUGUACAGGCUGGUGUAUUGAGUGGUGAAGAGGAUACUGGUGAUUUAGUCUUAUUAGAUGUCAAUCCUUUAACUCUUGGUAUUGAAACUGUUGGUGGUGUUAUGACAAAACUUAUCUCCAGAAAUACUGUCAUCCCAACCAAGAAAUCUCAGAUCUUCUCAACAGCUUCCGACAACCAACCCACUGUCACUAUCUCUGUAUUGGAAGGAGAACGUCCUAUGGUCAAGGAUAACCAUUUAUUGGGUAAAUUUGAUUUGACUGAAAUCCCAGCUGCUCCUCGUGGUGUACCUCAAAUUGAAGUAACAUUUGAAAUUGAUGUCAAUGGUAUUUUGAGAGUAUCAGCUGAAGAUAAGGGUACUGGUAAAAAGAAUGAAAUUGUCAUUAAGAACGAUCAAAACAGACUUUCACCUGAAGAUAUUGAAAGAAUGAUCAAUGAUGCUGAAAAAUACUCUGAAGAUGACAAAAAGGUGAAGGAAAAAGUUGAAGCCAGAAAUGAACUUGAAAGUUACGCUUAUUCAUUAAAAAAUCAAGUGAAUGACAAGGAGAAAUUAGGAGCUAAAUUAAGUACUGAAGAUGUAGCUAAAAUAAACGAGGCCUUAGAAGAAAAAAUAAAGUGGAUGGAAAGCAACCAAGACGCUGAAAUUGAAGAAUAUAAAGAGCAAAAGAAAGAAUUAGAAGCAGUUGUUAAUCCUAUUACUAGUAAACUUUAUGAAGGUGCAGGAGGUGCUCCACCUCCAGAAGGUGAAGGAGAAGAUGGUGAAGAUCACGAUGAAUUGUGAGCGCUGUCUACUUUAGGUUUAUUGACUAUUUCAUCAUUGUUACAUCUUUUUCAUUUGGAUAAUAAGUUUCUGAAGUAAUCCUUGUGUCAGCUAUGUAAAGAUAUUUUUAUCAUGGUGUUCUGUGUUGUGAGGUGUGGUGAAAUUGAAAAGUGUAUUUUAUUUAAAACAAGUAGUUACACUUUUCAAUAGAUAAUUGACAACGUAGCUACAGAUUGUUCUGUGUAUAAGAUGUUGAUUUUUGAAUUGAUUUGGAGAAAUUUUAAUGUUAUGACCAAAUUUAUCAUCUAUAUUCUAGAUUUUGAUAGGAAUUUUUGCACUUCUAUUAUGUAUUGUUAGAUGCACAUGAUUUCAUCUCUAAGCAUUAGAGGCACGUUUUAUAGUCAAGUUAAUGUUAAAAAAUGUAUUAUUAAGGUAAUACAGCUUUUCCACAGCAAUCAUGUGAUAUUUCUGAGAAUAUUUUAGUUGAAUUGGAUUGUAUUUGUCAUUUUCACAUAGCUGACACUAUUUCAUUUCCUUGUCCAAGACUUAUUACAAGCUUCAAUAAGCUUUCCCACUUUUCAUCCAAAAUUCCAUAGUUAAGUUAAUCUGAUAUUCUAGUAGGUGUAAGUAAAGGUAGAGGAACUGAAUGUAAAUAUCAUAUGUACAUUAUUUAUGUAUAGAAUGUCAAAUCUAUAAUUUCAUUGUUUACUUGUUUUUGUUGUAUGAUUGAGUGAAAGUAUUGUUUUAUGAAUGGGUGGAGAGACCAAAAAAUUUAAAGAAUUAAAAAAAAAAUUGAAUAACACAUGA